AUGCAACUUCUCAAUGAGCCUCCUACCCAGAGCAUGCUACAAAAGCUGAAAGUGACCCACCAUGUGCGGCCGUCGUCCAGACAUACACCUGCGCAGGCAGAGGAGGAGGACACCUUUGAAGAAACAGUCCUACUUUGGGUCCGCCAUUCAUGGCUGCGGCGUCUGGUCGUCGACGAAAGACAAAGAACACCGUCCCAUCCCCCGUCGCUGAUGAUCCACGUCUCCGAACACAACGAGGCAGGCCACAAUCUUGACCUUCAUGAUGUACUGGGCAACCUUUCUUUCCCAGCAUUGACCCAGAUCGGUGGAGGUUUCUUGAUCUCGCCAAUAACAACGCUCUCGAGGCAAGUCAUCACUGGCUUCCCCCGAGCUCCGCGACCAUCUUGUCAACAUGCCAUCCCUCAACUGAUGUCCGUGGUGGGAUCCAACGUUCCAGACAACGUCCAAAUCACUUCCACCAACACCACCAUCUGUGACCUCUUUAACCAGGCUCACACUCUGCUGGUUGUCAUCAAGGGCGUCAACACUCGUUUGACCAACAAGGCACACCCAGUGACCAGCCCCUUGAACAUCAACAACAACCCAUACCUCAAUCUCAACGGAAUGAAGAUGCAGGCUGUGUCGACGAUGGACGUCAAUAACAAUAAUCUAUACCUCGCUUCAAUCAAAGACGUCCUCCGUCCACACCAACUGCAUGAACACGCCUAUCCCGGGGGCUGUCCAUAUUGUCCUUGA